AUGUAUUGGUUAUUGGUUUUUACAUCUUCGUGGAGCCCAACACCAGAUCUAGAGUAUUUUUCCAUACGUCCUGGUCUUGGUUUGGAGAAGCCAAUGAUUGAAGACUUUGAAGAAGACUUCGAUUUGAGAAGUGUUAUCAUUAGCUAUCAUCCUGGAAGAAAAUAUAAGAGCUUCAAUAGUUCCGAGACAUUAGCUAGAUUUUGCAGAGAGGUCUCAGAUGACGCGAUCAGCAAGAAUAUUUCGAUUAUAUUAACUAAUCUUCUAAAAAACUACGAGAGUAAUACUCCAACCAAAGUUGAAACCAAUAUAUUAAUUAGAAGUAUGGGACCAAUUUCAGAAUUAGACAUGGAAUAUUCCAUGGAUUGUUAUUUUAGACAGUAUUGGAGAGAUCCACGAUUAUCAUACGAAGGACCAAUUAAGUCUUUGUCAUUAUCUAUAAAAAUGUUGGAAAAAAUUUGGAGACCUGACACUUAUUUUCACAAUGGUAAAAAUUCCUAUGUUCACACUAUAACAGUUCCUAAUAAGUUAUUAAGAAUUAGCCAAAAUGGAGAUGUUUUAUAUUCUAUGAGAUUAACUAUUAAAGCCAAGUGCCCAAUGGAACUAAGAAAUUUUCCAAUGGAUCGUCAAUCUUGCCCUCUAAUAUUUGGCAGCUUUGCAUAUACUACCAAGGACUUGGUAUACACGUGGCAAAAUGACGAAAGCGUCAGCUUUGUUCCUGGAAUGACAUUGUCCCAGUUUGAUUUGAUUAGUUUUCAUUAUAGAAAUGUUAAUAUAAGCAAAAGAGAAGGAGCAGUUUCCAUUCUUGAAGUUGCUUUUAAUCUGCAGCGCCAUGCAGGCUAUUUUCUUAUUCAAGUAUAUCUACCAUGUAUCUUAAUCGUAGUUUUAUCAUGGGUGUCGUUCUGGAUACAUAGGGAAGCUACUAGCGAUAGAGUAGGACUAGGAAUCACAACAGUGCUUACCUUGUCUACCAUAAGUUUAGAUUCGAGAACUGAUUUACCAAAAGUGUCUUAUGCAACGGCACUCGAUUGGUUCCUCUUCACCAGCUUUUUCUACUGCAUCGCUACUUUACUUGAAUUUGCAAGCGUCCAUUACUUUACUAAAGUGGGUAGUGGCGAAAUAGCUGUUGACGAGGAAGAAUGGGAAGAUUGUUCUGAGUCUGAAGAGGAGAUCAUCGGAGAAAUUGAAGCAGAGGUCAAUUCAACCCACAUGGACGGUCCAGCAAGCAGAAGGAAUUGUAUAUUUUGUUCUACAUAUCGUAAUCUUAGAAACAGAGAACGCAGAAGUUGUUUGCUUCACUCUCAUCCUUCGACGUUGGAAAGGACGACCCAAACUGAAAAUAAGUUACCCAAAUGGAAACAGUUUAUAUAUUGUCUUACAGGAGAUGACCAGUUUAGGCGACAGAGGCAAAGGGAAGCUGCAGCCCUAAAAGGUAUGUUAUUUUAA